CUUGACACGACGAUGAUGCUUGGUGGCGGUGCUCGGUCCGUGCUUGUGCGGCACUUCCAUCGGUCUGUGGGCAUCGUGGGUAUGCCGAACGUGGGCAAGUCCACUCUCUUCAACGCCCUCACCCGCACGGGGCAAGCCCAAGCGGCGAACUAUCCAUUCUGUACGAUCGACCCCAACAUCGCUCGAGUGGGUGUGCCGGACCCACGAGUCCACGCGUUGGGCAAGAUGGAAUCGUCGCAAAAAGUGAUUGAGACGCAACUCGAGUUCGUUGACAUUGCAGGACUCGUUCGCGGGGCGUCCAAGGGCGAAGGUCUCGGCAACAAGUUCCUCGACAACAUCCGGCAGGUGGCGGUGAUUGCCCACGUCGUCCGGUGCUUUGAAGACAUCAACAUCUUGCAUGUCGAGGAGACAGUGGACCCUCUGCGAGACCUUGACACGAUCCAAACAGAACUUCUACUUGCAGACCUCCAAACCGUUGAAAAGCGAUUGCAAACGGUCGGCAAAAAGAAGUCUGUCGAUCCAGGCGCCGCGCAUCUCCACGCCGUCCUCAAGCGCAUAUUGCCGCUGCUGGAAGAUGGCAUCGCCCUCACUGACGUCGCGUUCGAGCACCCCGAGGAGCGCCUCCAAUUCGAUCGCCUGCAACUUCUCACGCCCAAGAAAGCUUUGUACCUGUGCAACGUGUCUGAAGACGAUGCCGCCACAGGCAACGCCAUGACCGAAGCUGUGCGGAAGCAUGUCGAAGCGCAAGGCAGUGUGUGCUUGAACGUGUCGGGCGCGUUAGAGGAAGCGGCGUCCCAGUUCGACGACGAAGCGGGACAGCUAGAGUACCUGGAAUGCAGCGGACUCCAAGAGACCGGGCUCACGCAAGUGAUCCGGGCAUGCCAUGAACUGCUGCAUCUGCAGUCGUACUACACGGUCGGACCGCAAGAAGCGCGCGCGUGGACGAUUCCCAAGGGUACGCUGGCGCCUGCCGCCGCCGGCGUCAUCCACUCGGACUUUGAGCGGCUGUUCAUUCGAGCAGAAACCAUCGGGUUUGACAAACUCGUCGACGCAGGCAGUAUGAAGCAAGCACGGGACCAUGGCUGGAUUCGUACCGAAGGCAAAGACUAUGUGUGUCAGGACGGCGACGUGUUUCACUUUCUUGUGGGUCGUUAACGUUACACCAUAUGUACACUAGUACAAUACUAGUACACAUGCACUGUACAUACAUAUUGCGUGGUUCCGUGGGUUCAAGCAGACAAGAAUAAUAUGUACUUCCUCU